AUGGCAGCGAAUAACUGGGGCCUCAAAGCCGCCCAGCCAACGGCGAGCAAACGUGCGGCUGCUGCUCAAGCCGACCUGUCGAUGAGCUUUCCUCGAUGCGUGAUGGAGCGCAGCCAGUUCUUCAGCUGUGCCGGUGUCGAGCACAGCAUGUCCCAGACACGCCUACUAGUCAUCGAGUCCGCCACUUCCGAAUUGGCGCGACGGGACACCACAGACUCGGAAUAG